UGAGCAUGCUAAGUUUUAUUUCUCCAUUUUACACAAGAAACGUACAAACUGGUUUACUCUCUUUUUCUCUCUCCUAUAAAUAUUAUGACUAUGUGAGUGUGGCAAAAAUGUCAAGGAAGAAUUUGACUACUAAGUUUCAACACAUCUCUCAUUUAUUGGAUAUUAAAAGAGCUUAAUUGAAGUGGAAGAAGAAAAAUGGUGGAGAAGAAGCUGAAUUUCAAUCAACCAAUAUUAUCUGUGAGGAAAUACUCACCCAAGGGGGGCUUAAAUAUAGUUGAUAAAAGGGAAGGCCUCACAAUCAUACAUUGGCUUCCUACUCGUAGACCAGAGGCGAACUCUGGUCCUAUGAGUAACCCGGGUUCUGUUCCCUUCCUGUGGGAACAGAGCCCGGGACGGCCGAAAGAAGAGAUCCUAGCACAGUCUCACAACUGUGCUAGUCCAAGUUUUGAUGCAAGUAGUGAGCCGGAUGUGCAUGAAGGAAACGGUUCAGGAGCGAACUCGUUAGUUCUCCAACGGGACGAAGAGAGAGGGAGAGUAGUGGAUGAAGAAAAGGCCGUCGCACUCCACUGCAAGCCUAGUUCUGAGAGAGGAGGGAGUGAGCAACGUGAAAAUGUGAUCACGGUAUGUUGCUUGCUGCCUCGAUCUCGCUUGAGGAGUUCGGUCUGCAGUCUGAAUCCCGUUCCUGCAAUUAGCCGCGCGAUGACAUUUCCGAUUACUAGAAUGCUGUCUGAAUCUGCACUGUCUGGUUCCUCAACAGACAGUGAGAGUGAGGUAAUAAGUAGUCCUGUUCUUUGUCACAAAGGGAAUAUAGCAUCCAAACUCGGUGAGAGCGAUGAGAAACGACACGGUCUUGAAGAGGCGCCGGGCAAGCAGAGCUUCAGAACCUUGCAGGAGCUACUGGCUGAUGAUGCUGUAAGAAUUGUGGAGAGGGGAGAUGAUGUGAAGACAAGUAACGAGACGAAGAUGAUUGAAGACUCGGGUUCGGGUUCGGGUUCAGAGUCAGACCAAGAUCCAAGCAGCGAAGACAGCAUACGGCUGGCUGUAAACAAAGCAGCCGAAGAAGCAAGAAUGCGGCUAACAAGAGAGGGUGUUGCUCCUCCACCACCACAGCCGCCUCUGCCCGCGUCUCCAUCAGAUUCUUGGCUUUCUCGCACUCUGGCGCCCGCCUCAGCAAGGAAGGCAUCAAGCUCUGCGUUAGCGUCCCGGUUCAGCAGCAAGUGCUGAAAAUUUCAACACAAGAAGACUUCUUGAUUUUUUGGUGGAAUUUCUAUCUUCUCUUGAAGCUAAAAAGGAAUAUUUUGUGUUAUACAAUCAGACUAAAUCAUUUCAAGCUUCAUAGACCAACCAUAUGAUCACAUUCCUUAUACCAAUAAAUGAUAUUUCUAA